AUGCCAUACAAACUCACUCCAGAUGGUUUAAUGACACAUAUUGAUAAAACGUCUGCGAUUCGCGCUGCUCGCAAUCCGGGCCCCGCUUUCUUGGAUGCCAUUCUGGCUGAUUACCGCAAGAAGGCCGCCAACCUCGCAGAUAAACCACAUAGCGAACAGACUGCUUCUGGGCAGCUUUCUCCCGAUGCAGCCUGA